UCGAUUGUCAAUUCCGCGUCAUGAUACAAAUCAAACAUGCGGUUGAUUUCCCGACUUUACUUAUGUAUGUUUGGUUCUUCGGCACACAGUUCAACCUCCAAGGCGAAAAAAAGUACCCUGGAAAUCCGUAUCAACUGUCUUUCUUUCUCGGGAGGAUCGACUAUUCGGCGAGCCUCUUCAAGUCGUUGGACGGCAAUCUUUAGUAGUAGUUGGUAUCGACGACCGUCUCUUGAGGAGAAUCUCACAUGAUCAAGAAUUUUCAAGGCCAGGCCUCUCAGGUAGUCAGGCCGCACCUCUUCACCGACCAC